AUGCAGACAUCGCAUUGACAUUGUUGUGUGCUGGUUGUAAACUUGUGACGUUCGACUGAGUCUGAUGCCGAGAAAUAAAAUUAAAUUUAGGACUUUCUUACUUAAGGAGGACUCAUUAGAGUCUUGACUCUUGUUGGAGAGGAAAGAAAAGGUAAUGAUUUCAGGUGACCAGCCAAAUGCUCAUUCAGACCAGUAGCAUGGAGUCACAGGGCUGGACCGAGUCACAGGGCUGGACCGAGUUCUGCGAAACCGAGGCGCACAAGGCUGCUGUGAUCUUCGCACGCAACUACCGACAAUACAUGAUGGUGGCAGCAAACUCCUCUGCCAACCAUCCUCAGGUAUCAGAGCCCAUGCCCAAGGAAAAUCCUACAAGGUUUGCCCAACGUUUCACCGAACACUUCUUCGAGCACUUUGAAGCUGAAGCGAGGCGAGGGUUCCAUUCAGGAAACCUCGUCGAGACCAAUGUGGAAAAUGACAAUGCAGCAAAUGCGGAGUUGAACGGCGUCAGGCCGGAGAGCCAAGAAUCAUUGAACUCGUCGUGGGGACGAUCGACCAACUUGGAAACCAGUAGUUCAGAAGAAAUCCAUCAUAAUAACCAGCUGGCCGACAGCCUCACGGGAAUGGACAGGGCCUUCUCCCUAGGAAACAAAGACAUUGGUCGAAAGCUCUCCUUCCGAAAUGUCCGCAACAACUUCCGGAGGCGGUUCUGGCCUCAGCCGGACAAGGAUCGGGAGCGAGAGCGCUAUAACUUGAGGGAUAUCGUCAGGGAAGGCAUCAUCAAUUUUCUAAGCGGGGAGGACAACCAAGGAAGGCAACGAUGGGAUCGGACCAGGCUUGUCUUGAUGAAGAGAAAUGAGGGAUAUGUCUUGGACUUCUAUACUCCUCCUAAGUCAUCCAAACCCAAGACCGGCAUCUUCUGUUUCUUGAUUGAGGAUGUGAGGGAGACGACAGCGUUAGAACUUCCCGAGAGAGAACACACGAUAGUUCUGAAGUCUGUCGGUAACUUAGAGUACGUCAUCCAGGCCCAGAGUGUGCAAGACAUGCAGUCAUGGCACACGCACAUCAACAACUGCAUGAGGACGAGUCUCAAUGCCAACCUACUAGGAGGGAGAACCAAUGGUGUGUCCAACAGUAGCUCCGUCCUCACAACCACCAAUGGUAAUGUCGGCAAUGUCGGCAACAUUGCCAACAUUGGCAACACCGGCAACAUCGGCAAUAUCGGCAACGUUGGCAAUACUGGUGGUAGCCAAGGGAGUGUCGGGAGUAGCCUUGCAGGUGACAGGAUUCCACCAAGACCGCUUCCCAUGCUGCCUAGCCAUCCACCACCCUCCCCUCCCCAUGGUGCAACGGGUUCGGUAUCGACUAGCGUUCAGCCUCCGCCCAGAAUCAAGCCAGCUCUUACCAUCAAUAUACCAUCUCAACAAGCCAACUUAACCAACGGUGCCUCAAGAAGUCCCCCGACUCCAGAGACCUCCACAGGUGGGCAGACGUCGAGCAGGGAUGCCUCCCCUCCAGGUACCCCGCCCCCUCAAGUACCCCCGAGAAGGCAUCACGAGCUCAACAGGAGUCGGUCGCUAAGCAACGACUCAGAACCAGUCGGUCAGAGGAUAGAAGUCCCCCCACCUCAGAGCACCACCACCAUCGAUAGCAUCCAGGACGAGCACCCCUUGACCCAGUACCCCUGGUUCCACGGCACCCUCUCAAGGAUAGACGCCGCCCAGCUGGUGCUGCAAGGAGGCCCUAUACGGCACGGCGUGUUCCUGGUGCGGCAGAGCGAGACGAGGAGAGGGGAGUGCGUUCUCACGUUCAACUUCCAUGGAAGGCCGAAGCACCUCCGGCUGACCCUCGACCCCGACAACCGCUGCAAGGUCACGCACAUGUGGUUCGAGUCCAUCUUUGAGAUGCUGGAUCACUUCCGCACGCACCCGAUACCGCUGGACAGCCGCGACGGCUCCUCCCAGCCGGACGUCACCCUCACCGAGUUUGUACCCAACUCCCAGUCCAUCAGCACCCCCAGCUCACCCCUCACCCCCGACCUCCCCAUCGACUUUGAGUCGGGGAUUCCCCACUCGGAAUUCAUGGACAUACCAAACCCCUUUGAGAUGGGCGUGUCGGACCAGUCGUCGGGCGGCGGCCGCCUCAGCUCGCAUUCGUCGCUCGAACGGCAGAACGGCCAGCACGCAGCACAUAAAGCAGUGCGGAACCAGUAUUCAUUUGUAUAGGGAGAGAGAGAAAGAGAUAAAGAGCA